AUGGUCCAGCCGACUCGCACACUCACGCUACCCUCGCUGCGAGACCUCGGACUACUCGACGCUCAGCCCGCGCCAGACCCGACAGCCUCGUCGGCCUCCUCAACGCUCGGGCGCCCUCCACCCGCUCACGACCCCGGACCGCCCUCGCGCGACCCUCUGCAGUAUUCAACCCCUCUUCUGAAAGCCCUCCGAGCCUCGCACCACCCGAACGUCCCAGUCCCGGCGCCUCGAAACGGCCAACUCGCCUCGACCUCGCUUCCGUCACCUUACAGCCGCAUCGAAGCCUACGUUGGUCCUCGCUUACCUCGCGAACCUCUCGUUCACGAGAGCCGGACGCACCCGUACCGUCGUUUGGCGAGUUUGCCGAGCGUACCACCCGAGUUUGCGUUUCCGACGAGUACUACGAAGAGGAGGUGUGCGUCGUUGCCGGAGGAUAGGAGGGGUUCGCUCCCGCCGGAGAGUGUCAGGAGGGAGAUGUACUUUCCUACGAGCGGGCAGCGGAGCACGAUUGGCGCGGUGGCGGGAGGGGCUGGGACGAACGGAGGAAGGCGCGCGGUUGAGGAGGAGUCUCGCGUCGUUGGGCAGCGCGCUGCGUCGAGCCACACUCCAGCGAUGACGCAGCGACCUCCCCAGCACGUCGAACAUGCUGGACCGAACUCGGACGACGCCCUUCUCGUCCCCUGGCUGCCGCUCGCCACCGCCUCGAAUCCUGCGCCCGCACCGACACAUAUUCGCUUGCCGCUUGACUUGCUCCACUCGACUCUGCUCUCUUUGACGAGCAAGGGAGGAAAGGGACGACCGGGCGAGGAUCAGGCGGUCGAGGAAUUGCUUCGUGCGGUCGAGAGGAGGAUGGAGCGGAGUCGGGGCGGCAGGACGGACUCGAGCAGGCGAGGUAGCGCAGCUAUCGAACACCAUCCCAGCUCCCUCCGCCUCUUCUUUUCUCCCACACCCACCAACCCCGUCGUCCCCUCCAUGACCAUGACCCCUUCUUCCGCCGAGCGUCCAGGCGUCGGCCAACCUCGCGCACACCCGUCCCAGCUCUCCCCUCUCCGCCUCCCCGUCCCUCGCGCAACGUACGGCGCGCCCGCUACGCCACCUUCUCCUUCGCCCCUCGCUUCCUUCGCGGGUCCAUCGCGUCGUCCUUCGCUUGUUGUGCAGAUGGACGUCGACGGAGCGAAUGACGGGAUGGGCGAGGCGGGACAGGCGAUGCGAGGAGUGACGGCGGGAUAUACGCUUGCGCCUGGACCGGCGUCGGUGCAGUCGAGGGUGCGGUAA